AUGGCAAAUGAAAACGUCAACAAUGUCAUAAACAAGUGCCAUAUAGUUUGGUUGGAUAGUAAUAUUGAAAAAGACAAACGAGGUCAAGAUAUAAAAGCACGUAUACGACAACUGGGUAGAGGUUAUUUACAAACAUUUGUUGAUCCAGAUCAAUGUGUUGAUAAUAUAACCACGGAACUAAUACAAAAACAAGUAUUUCUUAUUAUUUCCAAUGCAUUUGGUCAAAAUGUUGUACCACUAAUAUAUGAAUUACCACAAAUACAAGCGAUAUACAUAUAUUGUCGUGAUCAGAAAGCAGCAGAAUCAUGGUCUAAAUCAAUUGUAAAAGUUUCUGGUAUUUUCACGAAACCACAAGAACUAUUACAACAAUUGUCUAAUGAUGUCGAUGUGUAUAAUAAGGAUAAUAAUAUACCAAUGAGUAUAUUUCAUCUUUCUGAACGAGAAAAAGCAUUACAAGAUUUAAGUAAAGAAAGUGUAACAUCUAUAUGGUAUCGUUUAAUACUGAGAGUUCUUCGAUUAAUGGUAAAAUAUGGUGAUGCAAAAGGUGAUAUGAUUACUGCAUGUCAAGCAAGUUAUCAUAAUAAUAAUGCUCAAAAGAAAAAAAUAAAUGAUUUUGAAAAAGAUUAUUCUACAGCGAAAGCGGUUUGGUGGUACACAUAUGAUAGUUUUCUAUACCGAUUAUUAAACAAAGCUUUACGUACACAAGAUAUGGAAAUUAUAUUUAAAUUUCGAUUUUUCAUCAAUGAACUUCAGAAUGAGAUCGAAAAACUUUACAAUGAAUAUUUAGAUAAAUAUUCUUUUCAACGUGAUCAUCAUUUCACAGUUUAUCGCAGUCAAAUUUUAAGUAUGACAGAACUCGAUCAACUCAAACAGAAUGUAAAUGAACUUAUAUCGAUGAAUAGCUUCUUAAGUGCUACAUUAAAUCCAAACGUAGCUGAAUUAUAUUCAGGUCCAAGUGAUCAAUUGAAUGAACCAUCAGCAUUAGAAUCUGUGUAUUUCAUAAUCGAUGUUUGUAAUUUCAGUAAAGAAACAACACCAUUUGCAUUUAUAGAACAUCAUUCGUGUAUUCCAGAUGAAAAAGAAGUUCUUUUUUCAAUGGGUGCUAUUUUCAAAGUUCAAUCAGUCGAAAAACAUGAUAACAUGUGGCAUAUUCAUUUACAAUUAAGUAGCGAACAAAACCAACUUGGUCAAAAGCUCUUAGAUCAUAUGUUGGAACAAAUCAAAUCGGAACCAGGUCCAUUAUCAUUCGGUUGGUUUCUUUUUCGAAUGAGUGAAUUUAACAAAGCUGAACGUUAUGCCAAAUGGAUGACUCAACAUCUUCCGUUGAAUGAUGUAGGAAAUGGAGAUGCUUACAAUUUACUUGGUCUUAUUUAUAAAGAUACUAAUAAAUUACAAGAAUCUCUUGAAUCUUAUGAGAAAGCUCUUGAUAUUUAUUCUCGUUUGGGUUAUGAUAAUAGUCCUCGAGCUAUUGCAGCUCAUUGUAGUCUUGGCUUGACUUAUUUGGCAUUAGACGAUAGUCGAAGUGCAGAUGAACAACAAAGACUAGCCGAAGAAAAGUUUGAUUCAUUCCCAAAAAAAGAUCUAUUACUGAAAUCUAAAUUGGAUGGUCUCAAAGCCAAAAUUAUGGCAGAUUAUGGUUAUAUUACAAAAGCUUUGGAAAAUUUUGAACAAGCUUUACAGAAUAAAACGAAACGAUUACCAGCAAACCAUCCUUCAAUUGGAACAACAUUAAAUGAUAUAGGUAUGGUGCAUGACAAAAUAGGCAAUAAUGUAAAAGCACUUGAAUAUUUUCAACACGCAUUAGAUAUUGGUAAGAAAAGCUUAACACCCGAUCAUUUGGAAUUAGUUGACUAUCAUACAAAUGUGGGUCGUGUGCAAGACAAACUUGGACAAUUUAAACUUGCUUUAGGACAAUUUGAAUCAGCACUAAAAGUUCUGAUGGAAUACGACCAACGAGAAGAUGAGAGAAUUGCAGAAUUAAAUACGCUGAUCGCCGACACGAGAAAAAAAAUUACGUUAGUUACAAAUUUAUAG